AUUACGAGUACAUACACCCAGAGGUGAAGCGCCUCUGGCUCCUUUCCACUACCGCCGGCCAAUCCAACUUCGCAACCUUGGCGGCUGCCUCUUCUCUGCGCCUUUGCUUCUCCCACACGCCUCUCCAGGUUCAUUCUGCCUCCUGCAAUACUGCAACAGUUCGCUGUCCGCCAUGCCUGCGCCGUUGGCCAAAGGUAUCAUAAUCGCCGCCUCAGUCGUGGUGGCUGUCGGCAUUGCCCUAUACGAAUCUCCACAGGUCCGACAGUGGGUCGAUCAAUCACGUCGUAAAAUAGCCCUCGCUCUACACAGCCUCGGAGAUGAGAUACAACCCCGAAGACCAUCAGAGUGCAGUGAGGACUAUGAAGUCCGGAGGCAAGAUUUCAUACGCCGAAGGAGACUCGAGCUGAUAAGGAGGGCGCGAGAGGAGGGAGUUGCGGUCGACUUGGACGAGUUGGCCAGAAUUGGACAAGACGACGUUGAGAUGGCGGCACGGAGAGAGCGACGUCGGCCGACCGCCAGUCAGAAAUCGUUCGAUGACCUAGUCGGUCGGGACGGGAGAUUGAAAACGGAUGACAGGAUUGUGGAGAAAGCGACCGGCACCGAUAUCCCUAGUAGUGGCACCGUUCGGAAGCGAGGCAUCUCAGGGUUUGCUGCUGGCUCUGCUGCUGCUGCCGGGAACCCUUUUUCGGAUGACCAAGUUCUCUUUGACCAAGACGAAGAGGAAGCUCCUGCUCCGAAACCAUUUACCUACACCGAGUCGGGAGGGAGCUCGUUGAAUGUCCAAGUUGAUCUGCCAACCUACCAGGCCGGUGAACUCAUCGACCUUGAUCCGUUAGCUGCCAUUGCGGAUUCUCAGAACGUCCAGGCUGAUCAUUCGCAUACCGGUAAUGCCACACAGUCAUUCUAUUCCUUACAGAGUUCAAACUCUCUGUCGGGUUCCGCGCAGCUUGGGCUUCCGACGGAAGAUGAGAGGUCGGAGAUCGACAGUGUGUCUGCUGGGACUCUCACGCCACGCUCAGACCGAUCAGCGUUUACCGGUGUAUCGGUGGUUGGAAGCCAGGCUGAUGACAUCGCCAUCCUCUCUCAACACCAAGACACUGAUCACGACCCCUUCUCUGAAACCUUCUCUGAAGCUGGGUUUACGGAUACCGGAUUCAGCGAAGCCGGAUUCAGCGAGGUGGGCAGUCAGGCGGGUGUAGGGAUGACGACGCCGUCUAGCUGGACAGAUGUAGGCAGUGACGAUGAGAGCGAAUGGGGUGGGCCUGGCCACAAUGGCCAUGUUCAUCAGUAAUGGUCGAGCAGCGUUGCUCCAUCUUGUUUGUUUCGGGUUGAUCUGCUUGGGUUAUGUAUACAAGGAGGUACAGGUUUCAACGGCUAGGCGCACUGGAGUCGUGGUUCGGAAUCGAUUCUAUUGUAUUCUUGUCACGGGAGAGCCAGGUUUCCUGACCCGCAUUCUGUUCUGCUCUUAUCAUGGGCUUCAAAUGGCUUCGUGGCGGGUGCGAUUCGGUCACAAGCAGAAUGCCGAGC